ACGUUGCGUCAUCAGAGCGCGAGCGCAGCGUCAGAACGCUGACAUGGCCGCGUCCAUCGAGACGAGACUAACUUUAUACAUCGGUCUUGUCUUUAUUUCGGGCUUUUCUUCGGUCUCCGCGCUCAUUGAGGGACUGUAUUGCGGGACUCAGAGUUGUUAUGACGUGCUGGGGGUUUCGCGGGACGCCAGUAAAGCGGAGAUCGGCCGCGCGUACCGCCAGCUGGCCCGCAGAUAUCACCCGGACAGAUACCAGCCCGGAGAGAGCCACGACUCCCGAGAAACCGCGCAGCAGAAGUUUCUGUUCGUCGCGACCGCUUACGAGACACUCAAGGAUGAAGAAUUACGUAAGGACUACGACUACAUGCUGGACCACCCAGAGAAAUACUACAGCCACUACUACACCUACUACAGAAGAAGACUUGCUCCCAAAGUAGACGUUAGGAUAGUGAUUCUCGUAACUAUUUGUGCAGUCUCACUGUUUCAGUAUUACAGCUGGUGGAGUAGCUACACAGAAGCCAUCAACUACCUGAUGACCGUUCCCAAAUACCGCAUCCAGGCUACUGAACUGGCCAAGCAGCAAGGUCUGCUGAAUAAAACCAAAGAGAAGGGCAAGAACCGGCGCUCCAAAGAGGAGAUCCGUGAGGAGGAGGAGCAGAUCAUCAGAGACAUCAUCAAGAACAAGAUAGACAUCAAGGGUGGCUAUCAGAAGCCCAAUGUAUCUGAUAUUCUGCUUUGUAAAAUCAUUCUGUUCCCUUACCAUCUAUUCACCUAUGUGGCGUGGAACUGCUUGUGGUUUUACCGUUUCACCAUUCGCGGGGAGGAGUAUGGGGAUGACGAGAGACUUUACAUUAUCCGCAGGUACAUGAAGAUGUCCCAGGCUCAGUUUGAUAGUCUGGACAACAGCCUGAUAGAGACUUUCCUGAAGCAGCAGCUCUGGAUCAAAGAGAAUUAUGAGGCCUACAGAGAGGAGCAGGAGGAGGAGAUGAAGAUGAAGAUGGCCACUGACCCACGAUGGAAACGCUACAGGCGCUGGAUGAAGAGCGAGGGGCCUGGACGCAUCUCCUUUGCUGAUGAUUGACCUCACAUGCACAGAGCGCCGUCUCAGAUGCACAUCCAGCCUGAACAGCCUGAGCUCAAGCUCUGUGCGCCCUUGUUUACAAAAGACUGAAAAAUGUGCACGUCAUCCACAAGGCCACCUUUUCUUAUAGACUAUAAAGGCUUUUUCAUUGUACCUGUGGAGGAUCAUUAGAUCUUUCUGCCAUUGUAUAGUGUGAAGAGACUGUUGGAAUCAUUAAAAAAAAAGACUAAAUAUAAUACAUUGUGUUGUACCAGGAGGAAUAUGAUCACAUAUAUCGCUAUAGAAAACCCUGUGUUACAAAAAAAGAAAUGCCUCAUUUCAAACAUGGAAAGGAUUUUGUGUCUCUCUCUUUCUACAUAUCUGCCAUCAAUGUAACGUCAUCUGACGCGGUGCUUGUGCCCCGAAGGUGUUUUUUUCUUUUUCUCUCUUCCCAUUAUCUUCCCCAAAUAUUAAGUCACAUCUAUUUUUUCAGUUACAUACAUUUGUGGUACCUUUUGUGGUACUUCAAUAAAGCUUUAUAGUUUAAGGUUGGUUAGCACACUUUGUUACCUUGUAGGGAUUCCUGUUCAUGAGCAUCCUGGGGACGUCCAUCAUCUCACUUUAAAACGGACAUAACAGGUUGUCCCGCUGUAGAUUCAUAUAUCAUCAGUAAUUUAUUAUAUUGUUAUGUGUGCAUAACCAAAGGUGCACAUAAAAGGUCUAUCCCCAAAGACUUUUCAUUAGAUUCAAGGUGUUUUGUGUUUGACUAUGUGCCUUGUAUGAAUGCUUGUAACUUCAUUUCAGUGGAAUUUCAAAAUCAGUUUUCCCUCGCCUGUAAGGGUUCAUUGCCUGAAAUCUGUAUUGAAGAGACCAUGUUAUUAAAAGUAUAUUCUAUAUAAA